CCCCGCAGACACGUUGUCUCGGGAGAAGCAACACGGGCUACUCGUCGGGUCUCGAGACCUCCGCAUUCGCUCCGAGCACGUACAGCACGUCUGCUCAAGCUCCGGGUCCCAAGCCGCGCUACAUUCACGCUGCUGAACAAAGGAACAGGACCGGUCCGCUCCACAGUGGGAAGGUCAGUGAUGGUCAAUUGUAGUUAAAACCUGCAGCCAAGGAUGUCUGCUACAGAUUCGGACAACUCCAUUGACUGGCUCGCUAGCGACACUGACGACAGCACCAGCGAGCAGGAGUCGGAGAGGACUCUCAACCAGUCAGAUGCUGCUUCGACUGACAGUCGCUGGAGCCACGAGGUGUCCACAAGGGGCCCCCCUACCUGCCGCACGGAAACAUGGGGAAGGAACUCCAUUGAACUGUGUAAAACACAACAAGGCGAGAAGAUGAAGCGACGCCACAGCUUCACUGAAGAGGAGGGAGGACGGCUCAUUUCCAGUCAGUCCGAAAAGGGACGACUUUUCACCCGAAAGUGCAUGGAGCUGCAAUGUUAUAUUCAGCCACUGUCGUCAAUCCUGAACGGCCUUCGGUCAGGGAGAUACAGAGAACGACUCAGCAGUUUCCAAGAGAGUGUUGCCAUGGACAGAAUCCAAAGGAUCCUGGGUGUUCUACAAAACCCUUACUUGGGGGAGAAAUACAUUAGUGUCAUCCUUAAAAUGGAGGAAAUGCUGAAGAGCUGGUUCCCCAACUUAAAUCCCCUCCACCAACCGGCUGCAACCCACACAGAGGAAACCGUUCCAACCAAGAAACUGAAGCUUUCCCCGGCGACAUCAACUGCAGCGGUGAGCCCCGUCACCAUCAGCGAUACCCCGGCGGGUGCCAAACCCCUGCGAGUGACUGACCUCACACCUCCCGGACCUUACUCAGCCAGUAAUCUGAAAUGGCUCCACACAUCUCCCAUCUGCGCCCCGACAGCGGAGCAAGGCCAGGCCGCCAUCCGGCAUGCGGCGUCCCCUAGAGACCUAACGCAAGACAGCGCCGUGUCCUCCAGCACAGAUAGCCCUGCCAACACAGACUCUGUGUCCCGAGGGCCUCCGCCUGGUAAAAUCAACGCGCCGUGCCUAGAGCGCCUCCUCAAGUCGACCGAAAGCAUCAUCACCCGGAAGGGGUCGUCGGGUUUGACGGACAGCAGCUAGUCCUCGUCUACAUGGGUGGGGGUGGCUGCUUACCCUGCAGCAGAGCCUUGACUACUCUAGCAGGGAGGCCAGUUUAGCUCGCUUCCCCCAUUCCAGCCUUCAGGGGAGACCGAGCCUUCAAAAGGGACAUGACAAGUUUACUUUUUAGUGUGGAAGACAAAACAUGUUGUUCCAACUGCGAGAAUGUGACCUCUCUGACAAGACAAGUAUCUGCUAUAGUUCCCUUUUUGUUGACUUACUUUUGCACUCUUGGGUAGCCUUUUUGAGGGUGUGGAGGAGAGCAAUUCCACCCUAAGUGAAGCGGUGCCCCACUGUAGGUCCGAGUGUUUGUGAAAGCGCCAUCUUGCCUGCGAGGUGAACGAAUUCAGCAGCGGUCGACGUAUUGUUGUACUGAAAUGUGAUAUUAUUUUCGCCUUCUCAUGACUCCACUCCGCUAAGUUUAUUUUUGUGACUGUUACUCAUUUUCAUACUUUGAAAAUAAGUCUGUUUGGUACAACUCUUCUACCUCAGCGGGCGCCACAUCACAGUUGACGGGCGAGCGUAGGAAUGUGAACGCAUCGCUCGCCCUCUCUGGACACUUGAGCGGAACUGCAGUGAACUCGGCGGCAACAAACAGUGAGGUGUGCAAGCAUGAAGCGCCCUGGUCGGGGCCGCUCCCACUGCAGGGAUCCUCUAGUGGUGCCAUUGCAGAGAAUGUCCACUUUGAGUCUCCCAGUAGAAGGCAAACAGUGCCUGUAACGUCAAGCUGUGCCUGCACGCCGGUGUUGUAAAGCGAGAGAAGUGCUCCAAGGCUGGAUUGUACAAAUGAGGGAUUGUCACUCUCCUGCCAUUCACUCACUUUGGAAAACGUAAAUUAUUCAGUUCUUACCAACCCGUUGCUGUGGUGGAGUCGAACAAUUCUUAUGUUUUGCCACAGAACUCAGACAGUACCAGGAGCAAGGUUGUUCCCUGUGUAAGCCCGACAGAGAGUUUGGCAAUUUACUCUGAAAAGUGGCCUUUAUAGUGUGAAAUUUUAUACUUUCAAAAUAAAUGUGUGCAUAUUUGUUCAAUGCAAA